CCCCGCCAUGACCUUCGCCAUGCUGCGCUCGCCGCCCAGCCGCUACCUCUACCCGGAGAUCAGCAUGCUGUCGGAGGACGAGGAGAACGGCAGCGAGAGCUCGGGCUCGGAGGAGAAGCCCUACCGCCUGGAGGGCGGCGGCUACGGGGGGCUGAAGGGCGCGGCGGCGGGCAGGCGCAGCCACAAGGCGGCCCGCCUGCACCGGGAGCCCCGCCAGCGCCACACGGCCAACGCGCGCGAGCGGGACCGCACCAACAGCGUCAACACGGCCUUCACCGCGCUGCGGACUCUCAUCCCCACCGAGCCGGCCGACCGCAAGCUCUCCAAGAUCGAGACCCUCCGCCUGGCCUCCAGCUACAUCUCGCACCUGGGCAACGUGCUCCUCGUGGGCGAGGCCUGCGGCGACGGGCAGCCCUGCCACGCCACCCCCCCGCCGCCGCCGCCGCCCGCCGCCUACUUCCACCACCCCACCCCGCCCGGCGGCGCCAGCCCUCCCGCCCGCGACGCCCCGCACCAGCAGCCCCAGCCCAAGCAGAUCUGCACUUUCUGCCUCAGCAACCAGAGGAAGAUGAGUAAAGACCGAGACAGGAAGACGGCAAUUCGGAGUUAGACGGUUAUGGAUUUAGGAAGGAGGAGGAGCCGGAGGAAAGACGGGAAAGCCACACACGCCAAACAGAGACAGACAGAAACUUCCGGCCUGCCCCCACUUGCCACGUGGGUCUACCCAGGAUGAACUCGCAACAGCCUAUCCCAGAGGAGAGACUGAAUCCCUCUCAGCCCACGCUGGGCUUUCCAACAAGGUCAGCAAAGAAGGGGCUGCAGGCUGGAAAACACUCUGAAGCACAGUGCUCCGCCGUGCCGGGGAGUGCACCAAGUGUUGCAGGCAUGGCCCGUGGGAGCCCAGGAGGCCUCUUUCCCGCUCACCGGACUGAAGGACAUGGGCACACUACAGGAUGGUGCUCACGGACCUGACCCCUGCUGGGAAGAGAGGCCCAGAGACUGGCCCUUAGAGGGACACCCAAAUGAAGGAUUUUCUCUAUGGGGUAAUGGACACUCAGUUCUGGAAACCUAGGGUGAAGUUACAACCAAUACAUGAUGGAAUUCCAUGUCACUGAUGCCAGUAAUAUAAACCCAACUUAUUUGCAUA